UUGUUGCAGGGCAGAAUAUAGAGGUAACCCAACUUCCGGAAACCAUAUCGGUGAAAGCUGGAGAGAACCUUACUCUAAGGUGUACACUGACUGGAGGAAAUUUACCUGGAGGCGUGCGGUGGUACAAAGGGCUGGACAGAGGCCAGCCCCCCAUUUACAGCGAUAAAGAAGGAGCUUCCAACAGGGGGAUCAGGGUCAUCGCAGGAUCCAACACAGACUUUAGUAUCAACAUCCAAAAUGUCCAGCCUGAAGAUGCCGGGACCUACUAUUGUGUGAAGUUCAGGGCAGGGGUCCAGGAGAGAGAGCUGGCAUCGGGGAAAGGGACUAUGGUCUCUGUAAUUGCCAAGCCAUCCCACCCUGUGGUUCUUGGCCCCACACAAAGAAUCACGGCGGGAUCUCGGGCCUCCUUCAAUUGCUCCACAGGGGAAUUCUCCCCCCCAGAGAUCACAGUCAGCUGGUUAAAGGAUGGGAAAAAAAUACCGGCUGCCCUGACCAACAUCCUGAAUUCUGAUGAAAAGCAGAGCAUCUCGUACCGAGCAGAGAGCAUGGUGGAAAUCCUGCUGGAGGAAGGCGACGUGAAGUCUCAGCUGACCUGCCAGAUCCAACACAGAUCAUUGGAUGGUCCACUCCAACAGACCCUCACACUUGGGGAUAUCUUAAGAGUUCCUCCCAAGGUGCAUCUUGAGAUCAACCCACCUUCUCCCGUCCAGCUGAACGCCUCGGUGAUGGUCAGUUGCAACGCAGAAAGUUUUUAUCCAAAAGAUGCAAAAGUGGAGUUGUUUGCCAAGGAUGCCCAAGCCAGAAAAGGAAAGGUUGGCAUGAAGACCACGAAUCCCGACGGGACCUUUUCCCUCAAGAGCAACCUUGAGAUGUUGGCCACCGAAGACAGGAAUUUCUCCAUGUUCCUUUGCCAGGUCCAGCACGAUUCCCAGUCUCCAGUCAACGAAACCACCACGCUCUUGAUCAAGCAAUCUGAAGACAACAGACAUCUGGGCAGUGGUCCAGGAAAUGGCAAAACCAUAGUAAUCAUUGUGGUGGUGGUGUGUGCACUCCUGGUUGUGUUGGUGAUUGCAGUUAUCUACCUCAUCCAAGCAAGACACAGCAAAGGUAAACAUCCGUGUUCAGUUAGGCUCCACGAAGCUGAGAAGUCUCCACCGCCGAUGAAUCAGGACGCUGACCCAAACAACAUGGCCUACGCAGACCUAAACUUUGACAAGGUGGCCCAGAAGAGACCCUGUCCAAGGGUGGAAAGCCCCCUGCAGUCGGAGUACGCCACCCUGCAGGCAGUGCAACCCUUGCCCAACGAGGACAACGUCACCUACGCGGACUUGGAUAUGGUGCAGCUGAACAAAGCCCCCAAGCGGCCGUCCCCGAAGGCCGAGGAAGCGAGUUCGGAGUACGCCAGCGUCCAGGUGCAGAAUAAGUGAUUCUCCGGAAGAGGAGGAGGAGGAGGAGGAGGUGGCUGCUUAAAGGGGGGCUCGAAAGGACCUCUGACCAGUGAGUUGGGGGGAAAAUCUUCUGCUAGGGCUUGGACUCUCGGUGUCGUGCUCCUCCCAGGUCCCGGAGGAGGUUCCUUGCAAACUGUUUGGUGCUACUCACAGCUGCAUCCUGGUUUUGUUUAUUUGUGAGCUUCUUCCUCCCCUGCUCGCCAAGCGGACGGGAAGACGUCACGUCGGAUCUAACAUGGCUUUUUUCUCACCCGAGCACCUCCACGCCCUUCCUCGUAACUUCGUCAACACGCCGCCGAGGACGGUGAGCAAGACUACGAGCGGCCUGGGGAUGCAGGCCCGGUUGCCGCGUCCGGCUCUUCCUGAGGGAAGCCCUUCUCGUUGGCCUUGGAGAUCACCCAAGCAGCUGAGAUGCCACCUUGAGGUUAUUCCUUCCUCC